GCCCUUACUUCAGAAGAACGGCAUGGGGUGGGGGGGCCUUAGGUGGCGUCCACCUCACCUAUUACUGCCAAAAGUGGUCAUGGGGUUAUUUUUAAACGCGAGGAGGAAGUAUUUAUUGUUCUGGGCUGAGGACGGCUGGGCAGCGUGUUGAAUUCUUCUCGGGAAGCAGUGCUGGGUCCCUUCCACCAUGGCACCUAAGAAAGCUAAGAAGAGAGCCGAGGGCACUGCCAACUCCAAUGUGUUCUCCAUGUUUGAACAGACCCAAAUCCAGGAAUUUAAGGAGGCCUUCACCAUCAUGGACCAGAACAGGGACGGCUUCAUUGACAAGAAUGACCUGAGAGACACCUUUGCUGCUCUCGGGCGUGUGAAUGUGAAAAAUGAAGAAAUUGAGGAUAUGCUCAAGGAAGCUCCAGGUCCAAUUAACUUCACUGUGUUCCUGACCAUGUUUGGGGAGAAACUUAAGGGGGCGGACCCUGAGGAGACCAUUCUCAACGCGUUCAAGGUGUUUGACCCCGAAGGCAAGGGGGUGCUGAAGGCUGAUUACGUUCGGGAGAUGCUGACCACGCAGGCGGACAGGUUUUCCAAGGAUGAGGUUGACCAGAUGUUCAAUGCCUUCCCCCCCGACGUGACUGGCAACUUGGACUACAAGAACCUGGUGCACAUCAUCACCCACGGAGAAGAGAAGGACUAAAAGGGGCUCGCCGCCCCGCCCGGGCUCACCUUUGCAGGGUGGGCUUGGCCCUCCUCCCUAUGCCCCACCCCUGGCCUGUUGGCCCCGCAGCUGCCCCCAUUUAUCCACCCCCAUCUUCUUUGCAGCCUGGGUGGCUUAUGAUACCACAUGGCCACACGUACUGCAGCUGGAAAUCCACCCAGAGCCCAAGUUUAAAUAAACAGGAGGUCGUGUA